AACAACACGCCCGCGGGCCGGCCCCGCCCACGCCCUCGCCCUCGCCCGCGCCCGCGCCCGCACCUUCGCCCACAGCCCCUUUUUCCAAGUCAGUUCCUCACCAAGAUCGUCUCUCUUCCAUAUCGUUCUCUUACUUCUCUCCUCGUUGUGUGAUCAUGCCUUCACGAUUCCAAGCUGCUCAACUGGUGGCUUCACCAUUGUACCCAAACGCCAUAGCUUGGUCUGACGAGAAUCUUAUUGCCGUCGCUUGCGGUCACCUUGUCACCAUUCUGAAUCCAGCAUUGACACUUGGACCUCGAGGCUUAAUCACCAUUCCUACCUGUGAACCUUAUCCAAUUGGGCUGGUCAAAAAAGAAGAUUUGCUCGCUGGAUGUUUGCUGCCCAAUGCUUUAUCUCGAGAUCGUCGACCAUGUGUACGAUCAAUUUCUUGGUCUCCGCUCGGAAUGGCUCCUAACUUUGGGUGCUUGCUUGCAGUUUGUACCACAGAAGGACGUGUAAAGCUUUAUCGAUCACCUUUUUGUGAUUUUUGUGCUGAGUGGAUAGAGGUUAUAGAUAUAUCAGAUAGGCUAUAUGAUUUUCUUGCAAAAACAAAUUUUGGGCAGUCAGAAAUCCUUGAUUCAGAGAUUGUUCAUGAGCAAACAACACAAGUAAGGCUCAGUGAUAAUCUUGCUGAUGUUUUUCCAAACACUAUUACUGGAAAGGGGCAUAAGCGAAGAAGAGCUAGUACCACUAAUGGCAUCGAUAAGGAGUCUGAAACUUUUGGAGGCCAACUGAUAGGUAAUGGUGAGAAGCUCCAUGCUGGAUCUAGCCCUCACACUAAUACGAGGGAAGAGCAGUUGCCUAAGAUAACUGCAGACCAAUAUGCUUCUCGCAGUCAGAUGCUGUCAUCAAUUGUUGUUGCCUGGUCACCAGUGUUGUGCUUGACAUCUAAAAUCUGUACAGCUCCUCAAAAUGAUUCACCCCAUAGAUUCUCUAUAUUUGCAGUUGGAGGGAAGGCUGGCAAAAUUUCAAUCUGGAGAAUUCAUGCACCACAAUGCUACUCUAUUGAGCACAAUAGAGUCUCUCCUGGUGUUAUGCUUGUCGGGCUUCUACAGGCACAUAAUUCAUGGGUCACUGCAGUCAAUCUGGCAUUACUUAGUUCUAAUUCUAAUCAUCAGGUUUUAUUGGCUAGUGCGAGUUCUGAUGGGAGUGUGAAGAUCUGGCUGGGGAACGGUGAGAAAUUGCUGGAAUCAUCAGAAUCUGAUAAUGCUCCAUUUGUUCUACUGAAGGAGGUUAUAUUUGGCAAUAUUGUCCCAGUUUCAGUACUUUCACUAGUAAUACCUGUUCAGGCACCCUACAAAAUUCUCUUAGCAGUUGGCAAAGGAUCUGGUUCGUUUGAAGUAUGGACAUGUGACAUAUCUAGUUGCAAGUUUGAUAAAGCUUGUUCACAGGAUGCUCACGACUAUGUUGUUACUGGUUUAGCUUGGGCUUUUGAUGGGUGUUGUUUGUACAGCUGUGGUCAGGAUAAUUAUGUUCGUAGCUGGCUAUUACAUGGGAGUUCUCUUUGUGAAGUAUCCAUUCCAUCAUGUACUCCUGGUUUGAGGAGUUCAACUGAUCUUCCAGAUGUAUUCUUUUCGUGCCUAGGUGUAGCAGUAUCUCCUGGAAAUCUUGUAGUUGCGAUGGUCCGAAAUCUUGAUGUUGAUCAAUUGGAUCAUAUGUAUGAGGGAAGGGCACAAAAGGCUAUUGUUGAAUUCUUCUGGAUUGGUGGACAAAAUUUGAAUAUGUUGUUCAACACUUCUCAAGACUUUGUUAAAGAAUCUUUUCAUGGUUUUUCCCAAAGUGAAUUGUUAUACUGGGAGUCCAAUAUUCUCUGGUCUUUGAAAAACUUUGAAAGUCCAGAUAAACCUCUAGUUAUUUGGGAUAUCAUAGCAUCAUUAUUGGCUUUCAAGCAGUUUAUGCCAGAAUAUGUGGACCGUAUACUAGCUAGUUGGCUCUCUAUGUCAUAUUUAGGUUCCCAUAUGGACCUUUCCAUUAAUGAGGUUUUGACACACAUAUCUGAUAAUCUAUCAAAAAUUACUUCUCGCCAGUUGCACAUUCUAAAUAUCAUUUGUCGAUGCCUGGUCCUAUCUAUGUUGAAGGCUGAUGAAAUUAACAGUAAAUUGAACUUUGAAGAACAAACUAGUGCUGCAGGGGAGCAACAAACUUUGUGGAUAAAGUUACUUUUCAGGAGUGAAAAAGAACUCCGUGAAAGGCUUUUGGUUUUUAGUUUUUCUUCUUUUUUAGCCAAAAAUUUUAUUGAGACUGGGUACUGGCAUCCUGUUGGAAUUGCACAAAUGGAGCAGUGGGUUGAACUUAAUCGCGAUCAUGUCAAUGAUCAACUAAAUGUCCUCACAUCAGAAGUUCAAAAACAUAAGAGCAGGCUUUCAUCCAACAAAUUUGAGGUAGAGGAACGAUGUAGCUAUUGCUCAGCAUCUGUUCCUUUUAAUUCUCCAGAGAUUGCAUUUUGCCAAGGUUUAGAGAGUAGCAACAGAGAUAUGCAGAACCACAAAUUGGUUAGAUGUGCUGUUUCCAUGCAGGUUUGCCCAGCGACACCGUUAUGGCAUUGCAAGUGUUGUAACAGAUGGGCUUCCAAAUUGGCACCAGAGACUCUAUUUACAAAGCCUGGAUAUCCUGUAGAUUUCAAACCUUUAACAGAAGCUUGUGUAGAAGAGUUGUCAAAACCCUUGUGUCCCUUUUGUGGGAUACUGCUUCAGAGAUUACAGCCAGAUUUUCUGCUUUCUGCAUCGCCAGUGUAAUUAAUAUGGGGUUGUUCCAUAUUUAGGAUUCUAUUAGAUUGACUAAUUGCUCAAUGUACAAUAAGAUUAAAUUAGAAACUAAUUGUAAUUUGAGCAUUUCAACGUAUUUUCCGGUAUUCCGUGCCGGAAAUUGCUCAUGUAACAUUGUAAUUUUUCCCAGUGUGUAACUGUAUGUACAAGUCAUAAGAUGGUGAGGUGGUUUUGCCAACCUUAUCAGAAUCUUUGGUAUCCCCUUAAGAUGGGAAUUUAUUUUGUAUAAUUUAUCAUUUAGUGAUAAAAAUUACAAUUUAAUUUCUCUA